CAAUGAAGCAUCUUUUUUUUCUUACCUCCCCUUGGAGGCGACGGGGCGGAGGUGCAGCCGGGUCGCAGGUGUGCGGUUCCGUCCAGAAGGAGGCGGCUAGGGAAGCGGCGUCUCUGCUGACGGUGCAGCCGCUGCGUUGUGACCGAGUCUGGUGCGCGCCCCCUGCUCCUGGGAGGCCUCCCGGGAAUUCAGUCUCCUUCGAUUCUUCCCAGGGGCUGUGACAAGGUGUUCCCAAAGGAAGCGGCAGGGAGGGAUAUUUAGGAACUUCAUUCUCAAGUGUUAGUCCUUGAAAAAAAUUUCCCAGUUAUAAUAUCCCAUUGGCGGUACAUCAUCUUCACAAGGAUUACGCACGGUGUUCCAUACUGAACAUACUGCCUUUUGAGCAGAUCGGUUGCAUAUGUCUCAGAUCUUCAUAGUGAUGGAGCAAAUGGCAGAAAAAGGAAAAGGCCAAGUUUCGACUUCAGUAAUUCUUUGAAGAAUACUGCAACAUAGGAAUUAUCCAGCCUGCCUGUGCUACUAAUGAACAGAAAACUGAUUUAAACAAAGUGCCAACAAGGGAUUCUCUUUGAUUUUUGUACUUUGUAGCAUUUCUCAAAUUCUUUUCACAUCUCUUACAGUAAAACUGCAUUUAAGUUAGAAAAAUGAAGCAGUUGAAAAGGAAGAGAAAAAGCAAUUUUAGUGUUCAAGAAACUCAGACCCUUUUGAAAGAAAUUACAAAAAGGAAAGAAGUCAUUUUUUCCAAGCAACUCAAUACAACAAUUAAUGUGAUGAAGCGAAUGGCUUGGGAGGAGAUCGCGCAGUGUGUGAACGCUGUGGGAGAAGGAGAACAGAGGACAGGGACAGAAGUGAAAAGAAGGUAUCUCGACUGGCGCGCGCUUAUGAAGAGAAAGAGGAUGAAGGCGAACAUUAAACUGGUUGGUUCGGGGUUUCCCCUCCCUACAUCCGAUUUAGAUGACUCUCUUACUGAAGAGAUAGAUGAAAAGAUUGGAUUCCGAAAUGAUACAAAUUUUGAAUGGCAAAAUGUGGCAGAUUUCAGGGAUGCAGGUGGAUCCUUAACUGAGGUCAAAGUGGAAGAGGAAGAAAGAGAUCCCCAGAGUCCUGAAUUUGAAAUUGAGGAGGAGGAAGAAAUACUGUCAUCAGUCAUCCCGGAUUCCAGGAGGGAAAAUGAACUCCCUGAUUUCCCCCACAUUGAUGAGUUUUUCACUCUAAACUCAACACCAUCGAAGUCUGCAUAUGAUGAGCCCCAUUUGCUUGUAAGCAUAGAGAAACAGAAACUAGAAUUGGAAAAACGAAGGCUGGAUAUCGAGGCUGAAAGACUGCAGGUAGAAAAGGAACGCCUGCAGAUUGAGAAAGAGAGGCUACGGCAUUUAGACAUGGAGCACGAGCGGCUUCAGUUGGAGAAGGAGCGGCUGCAGAUUGAGAGAGAGAAGUUGAGGUUGCAGAUAGUCAACUCAGAGAAGCCAUCCUUGGAGAAUGAACUUGGUCAAGGAGAGAAGUCCAUACUUCAGCCGCAGGACAUAGAAACAGAGAAGUUAAAACUUGAGAGAGAACGCUUGCAACUAGAAAAAGAUAGGCUGCAGUUUUUGAAAUUUGAAUCAGAGAAGCUACAGAUUGAAAAGGAACGCUUACAAGUAGAGAAGGAGAGACUUCGAAUUCAGAAGGAAGGACACUUGCAGUGAUUUAUCUAGGUCUGCAUUUGGCAAAUUUUUGUAAACCAUAGGAUUUUCUCUAUAUUGGGUAAUAGGAAAAUGGUUGCAGGAUUAGUUAUGUUUUUUCCCCCCAUUCAAUGUCAGUGUUUUCAAUAGGAAAAAGAUAGUUAUGUGUGGGUAACUGUAUGCUUAAGUAGUGUAUUAUAUAAAAACUAUGUGCCCUAGCUUAAACAGUAUAGCAGAAACUAUUGUGCUGUACUUAAAUUAGUAAAAUUACAUAGAGCUUGUAUAAUCUGUGCACUCAGAGAUUACAGUUAUAUCUAUGUAAAAUUCUAGCUCAGUGGUUCUCAGCUAGGGGUGAUUUUUGCCCCCGGAAGACAUUUGGCAAUGUUUGGAGACAUUUUUGGUUGUCAAAACUGGGAACUGGGGUGGUUUGCUACUGGCGUGUAAUGGAUAGAGACCAGGGAUGCCUGCAUCCUGCAAUGCACAGGACAACCCCCCACAAAAAAGAAUUAUUUAACCCAAAAUGUCAGUAUUGCUAAGGGUGAGGAACCCUAUCCUAGCCUGACUGUGCACCUCUAUAGCUUUGUUUUAUAGUUUCAGAAUAUUAAAACCUCAGAUGUUUAUGUGGGUAGUUACUUAAAUGGCCAAAAACUUUAACUAUGAAACAUUACUGUGUAGUAUAUAGAUUAUAGGAAGUGAUGAAGAGUAUAGGUAUUUUAUUCUCAUGUUUCCAUCUAUAAACCAAGAUUCAGAACUGAAUAAAUAAACAGUAUAAGGAACAUCAGAGUUUGUCUAAAAUGGGUCAUUUUGAAAAGCAGUUGAUUCAUGUAGCUAUUGAUGUUUUAGAAGCAACACAUUUUUUAAGCUUUAGUUCCCUUUCUUCUUUGAAUCCAUUUUCUCAGUUUAGAUACAAAAAUUAUCAUUUCAACCAUGUGCUGAAAUUGUAAUGAAAAUGAAUGGUUGAAGCUAGUAAAAAUGAUACCAAUAUAAAAAUGGUACCAGUAAUACAUGAGCUUGAACUCAGUGAAUUUGAUUUUUAAAAUAAAUAGUAGCUGUUUGGGAGUAGAAGUGAGAGUCAGGAGAGAAAGUCUGCUGAAUCAGAUGAUGAUGAUGAAAUAAUGAUAGUAGUUGUGUGUUAUGAAUUAGAGAAGCACUAUCUGACCUAAUCUAUAGAAUAAUUCUUGAGAGUAGUAUAUCUAAUAUUAUUUCUGAAUCUAAGGCUCAGAGAAGUCACACAGUGAAUAAAUGACUGAUCUCAUAUAUUGUGGUGUAUUUUUAUCUUUGCCCCUCCCUGAGGAACAAAGUUUAUAUCUUCAGUCUCUUUGGCAUUUAUUCUGAAACCAAGGGCUUGCGUAACUUGAUGAUUUGCCCUCAGUCUCCGGAAGGUGCUCUUUCCACAAUCCAGGUGAUUUUAAUGUACACUAAAGUUAAGAAUCACUGCACGAGAUCACUUUGUAUUUCCUGAUUUCCAGGGCUGUUAUGUAGCUUUAAUACAUCUCUUCUGUUCACAGAUACUACCUUGAUUUUGCAUUUGUUCCUUGUUAAUUUAAGAACGUCUUGAAACCAUAUGUGAUAUUUGAAUAUAGGUAUACAAAGAAAAAGUAUAGUUCUGCCUAGUUACCUUGACUUUGAAAUAGUGUUAUUUUUCUAUAACUGAAAUAAAUACUUCUACCAUAGAAAUAAAAUUUGCCUAUGCUAACUA